AGAACUGCCAAAAUGAUAAACUUUAUCCCAGGCGCAUUGAGUGUCACUCCCCUGCAUUCUCAUCGAACUUCUUUGUUCAGAUGUUUUUAGUACGCGCAAAAACGAUAGCGGGCAGCGUAGAAUAAAUAUAAUCCAAUAAAGAUAGAAACACGCAAUAUAAUGAGAAGUUUGUGAAGAAAUUGUGAGAUUUUAGUUAAUAGAAUUUUAUAAAAAAAAGGGUUGGUGCAACAGAUCAAUAAAAAUGGCCUGGACUCAUUAUCAAAAGCUUCUAGCAAUAACAAUGGUUGUUACAGGAUCAUUCAAUACCUUAUCGGUCAAGUACGCAGAUAAACAAAUAGUCCCUGGGAAUGAUGGCGAGCCAAAGAAUUUCAAUCAUCCAUUCAUGCAAUCUUGCUUUAUGUUUCUGGGAGAGAUGCUCUGCUUGUUGGUGUUCAAGAUUGCAUUUGCUUACAUUAACAGGAGUGUGGAUAGAUCAGUGGAUGAUCAUUCGCUAACCAAAGGCUCACGUACCUUCAAUCCAAUGCUUUUACUUAUUCCGGCUUGUUGCGACAUGAUUGGAACUUCUGUAAUGUAUGUCGGAUUGAAUUUGACAUACCCUAGUAGUUUUCAAAUGCUGCGAGGCUCGGUCAUAGUCUUUACGGGAAUUCUCUCAGUUGGAUUUCUCGAUAGGAAAUUGGGUAAAAGAGAAUGGAGCGGUAUAGCUUUUGUCAUUGCUGGUUUGGCGCUAGUGGGUGCCAGCGAUCUGCUCCUCAAUGCGAACUCCAACAUGAACAUAAAUUCAAUUCUAACUGGAGACCUUUUAAUAAUAUGUGCUCAGGUCAUAUCCGCAGUUCAAAUGGUAGUGGAAGAAAAGUUUAUUUCCGGACACGAUAUACCCCCGCUUCAAGCCGUUGGUUGGGAAGGCAUAUUCGGUUUUAUUGGAAUGUGCAUUCUUAUUAUUCCACUCAAUUUUAUUCCCGGUAGCCCUCCGUUUGCGGACAAUCCACGUGGUACAUUGGAAGAUUCUUUGGAUGCGUUCGCACAAAUAGGAAACAGCGGCCGCCUUUUAAUGGCAAUAGUCGGCAUCACCGUGAGUAUCGCGUUCUUCAAUUUUGCCGGAGUCAGCGUUACCAAAGAAAUGAGUGCAACUAGUAGAAUGAUUCUCGACAGUGUCAGAACUGUGGUUAUUUGGGGCUUUUCAUUAGCCUUCGGAUGGCAAGGUUUCCAUUAUUUACAGCUUAUUGGUUUUACGGUUUUACUCAUCGGUAUGGCGUGUUACCACAACAUUGUCAUUCCUCAAUUGGUGAGAAAAUGUCAGUCCAGAUUGGGACGCCAUCGACCACCGCAGAACGACCAAGUUCGCGUGCUCAACGCAGCGGCCGACGACAUCGACGAAGCGCGAUGAAUACUCUUCCGAACAAUCCGUAUUAAAAAUUAUUUUAUAACUCGCUAUUGCUAUUACAACUGAAACAUUCGAUCGCACAUCCCAGUGUCAUGUUGGAUAGAUCAUCAGAAUUGUGCGUACUCGAUGGACCUAAUGAGUGCAGAACCGUUUUUAGACGAAGCUAGUUUUUCAUUUUCUACUGAGCAGACGAAAACGUUAUGAAUCAUCACGCAAAUUAAAUCAUGUUCUCAAAAUAUUUGCAAAAAAAAAAUGUUUCAAUGCAUAGUGAGAAGCUGUAUUAUUUUAUCAUAACGAUUGACGAUAAAUUUUUCUACAGAUCUGAAAUAAUCUAAAAUUGCUUACCUCAACCCUGGCAUAUCCCAUGACCACGUAUGGAGGUUUUUACAUUUAUGAGCUGUGAAAAUGUGCUAUUUGUUUUAAAGAUAUUCGUAUAUUAUUUUUAUAAGUUGAUAAAUCACCGAUUGUCAUGUAUUUCAAUUGUGACAAUUUAUAAUGUGACCAGACAUUUAAUAAUAACAAUAUUUUCCAUAUUGA